CGUACAUUAAGCGCCCAUUUGAAAUUCCACGUCUUCCUUCCCUACUUGCUCGGUCACCAAGACUCAAGUAUUCCUCGGUCACCCGUACUCAAGAUGGCACCCUCAGAUGAACUCGAGUACCUCAAGCACCUCGUAGCGCAGCUCAACGACAAAAUUCACGCGUUAGAGGCGAAAGCUAAGGCUGUCGUUCCUCCGAGCAGGACCCCUGCUCAACAGCUUAGGACUAUUCUUAUGGGUCCUCCUGGUGCUGGGAAGGGAACGCAAGCCCCCCGGAUACGCGACGAGUUCUGUGUCUGCCACCUCGCAACGGGCGACAUGCUCCGCGAGCAAAUAGCCAAGAAAACUGAGUUGGGGAGGAUGGCUAAGAAAGUUAUGGAUGCCGGUGAACUGGUCACGGACGAUAUCAUGGUUAACAUGAUCAAGGAUCAGCUUGAGAAUAACAAGGAGUGCAAGAAUGGAUUCGUGUUAGAUGGGUUCCCGAGGACCGUUCCUCAAGCUGAGAAACUCGAUUCCAUGCUUGACUCCCGCGGUGAAAAGCUCGACAGCGUCGUCGAGCUCCUCAUCCCUGAUCAACUUCUCAUCUCCCGAAUCACCGGCCGUCUCAUCCACCCGGCUUCAGGACGGACGUAUCACAGAGAAUUCCACCCACCCAAAAAACCUAUGACGGACGAUGUCACAGGCGAGCCGCUCAUCCAGCGCUCCGAUGACAACGUAGAAACGCUACGCAAACGUCUUGACACGUUCCACAAGCAGACUGGUCCUGUCGCAGGGUACUACAAAACAAAGGGCUUAUGGCAUGGUAUCGACGCCGCUCAAAGUCCUAGUGUUGUUUGGGAUAACCUUCGACAAGUGUUCCGGGCUCCACCGGCAAAGUCGUAGUGUGUCGCACGCUUUUGGGUCUGACCAUACAUAGACCCGUCUCUUUCGUGCACAUGCAUACUGUCGUUCAGUGCUUCCCAUCUACAUAUGUGCGCAACCGGAGGAUUCUUGUCGAACAGCAUGUACAUAGAAUACCAAACUUGCGAGAUACAGGCAAAACGAUUAUCGACGCA